GCGUUUUGGAAUCAAGAAGGAGGUGGUGUUGGGUCUUCUGAAGAUUAUUAAAGUGGAUAAGCCCCCAAGGCCUGAUAGGAUAAAUACCAGUUCAUUGAGAAAGGCAAGAGAGGAGAUUGUUGAGGCCUUGACUAAGAUCUGUUUAGCAGUGUGGAGGAACUGAAGGAUUUUGGGGUCCAUGUCCAUAGACCACUCUAAGUUGCUACAUAAGUUGAUACGGUGGUUAAGAAGACAUAUUUUGUGUUGACCUUCAUUAGUCGGGGUAUUGAGUUCAAGAGCGACAAGAUAAUAUUGCAGCUCUAUAAAAUUCUGGUUAGGCCGCAUUUGGAGUGUUCAGUUCUAAUCACCUCAUUAUAGGAAGGGUGUAGAAGCUUUUGAGAGGGUGGACAGGAGAUUUACCAGAACACUGCCUGGAUUAGAGAGCAUGUCUUAUCAAGAUAGACUGAGCUGGCUAGGACAUUUCUCUUUGGAAUGAUGAGAGGUAACUUGACAGAGGUGUACGGGGUGAUAAGAUAAUUCUAUUGUGUUUCUCAUAUUUAUUGUGAAUGCCUGCAAGAAAAUGAAUUUCAAUGUUGUAUAUGGUACUUUGAUAGUAAAUUUACUUUGAACUUCAAAAGGCAUAGAUUAAGUGGAUAGUCGAAAGAUUUUUAGCCAGGAAAUGGCUAAUACAAGGGCACAUAAUUUUAAGGUAAAUAGAGGAAAGUUCAGGGGAGAUGUCAGAGGUAGGAUUUUACCAAGAGAGUGGUGUGUGUGUGUGGUACAUCCUGCCAGUAGUGGUGGUAGAGGCAGAAACAGUACAUUAGAGACAUUUAAGAACCUUUUUGAUGGGCACAUGGAGGAUAGAAAAAUGAAGGGCUAUAUACGAGAGAAGAGUUAAAUUGAUCUUGGAGCAAGUUAAAAUUAGCACAGCAUCAUGGACCAAAAGGCCUGUACUGUACUGUGCUGUACAGUUCUUUGUUCCAUGUUGUAUGUUCUAUCUUCGUAGUUUCACUAGCAAAAGGUGAAGUCCCAGGAAACAGGAGAGUAGCCAAUGUUUUUCCAUUGUUAAAGAAAGGAAAUUGGGAUAAUCCAGAGAAUUAUAGGCCAGUUAACCUUAAACCAGUAGUACAGCAGCAAAUGGAGUAGAUUCUUAGGACUAACUCUCAUUUGGAAAAGUAUGGGCUAAUUAAGGACAGUGAGGGUGGCCCUGUGCAGGUAAUAUCAUAGCUUACAAAGUUGAUUAAGUGUUUUGAGGAUGUGACAAAGGUGAUAGAUAAGGGUAGGGCAAUGCAUGUUGCCUACAUAGACCCUGGUAAGAUAUUUCACAAGGUCUCUCAUGGUAGACUGACUCAGAAGAUUAAGCAACAUGGGAUCCAGUGCGACUUGGUAGAUUAGAUUAGAACUGGCUUGCUCGUAAAACUCAGAGCGUAGUGGUGAAGGUUUGUUAUUCUGGCUGGAGGUCCAUGACAUGUGGAAUUCUACAAUGAUUGGGGUGUCUGAUGUUUAGGAUUAGAUUUGGAUGAAAAUGUAGAUGGUUAGAAAAUUGGAGAAGACACAUAAGUUGGUGGAGUUGCAGACGUUGAAGAUGGUUGCCAUGGGAUUAAAAUCAGUUGUACAAACGUUUGUAGAUAUGGGCAGACAAAUGGCUGAUUUGUUUAUUCUGGGCAAAUGUGAGAUGUUCCACUUUAAGAGGUCAAAAUAGAGGGAUGUCCCUUUAGAACAGUGAUGAGGAGGAAUUCCUUUAGCAAGAGGGUGUCGAAUGUGUGGAAUUCAUUGCCACAGACAGCUGUGGAGGCCAAGUCAUUGGGUAUAUUUAGAGAAGAGGUUGAUUGUUUCUUGACUAGUAAGGACAUCAAAGAUUAUGGGGAAAAGGCAGGAGAAUGGGGUUGAGAAGGAUGAUAAAUCAGCCACGAUGGAAUAACAAAGCAGAUUUGAGGGCUGAAUGGCUGAAUUUUGUUCCUAUGUCUUAUAGUCUUAAGAGUCAGAAAGUUGUGUUGCAGUUGUAUAAACAUUUGGUUAGGCUGCACUUAAAGCAAAGCAGGAAGGAUGUGGAGGGUUUGGAGAGGGUACGGAAGAGGUUCCGGGAUUAGAGACAGGAAAUAUUGGAUAAACUUGGAUGGCUUUUUUCUGGAGCAUCAGAGGUUGAGGGGAGCCAUGACAGAAAUGUUUUAAAUGAUGAUAGACACUCAGAAUCUUUUUUUUCAAAGGCAGAAAUGUCAAAUCCUAGACAAAAUGCAUUUAAGGUGGGGGGGGGGGAAUAUUUGAAGGAGAUGUGUGGGACAGCAUUUUUUAAACACAGAGAAUGGUGGGUGGCUGGAAUGUGCUGCUGGGGUGCUAGUAGAGGCAGAUACAAUAGUGGUGUUGAAGUUGAUAGACACAUGAUUCCACAGGGACUGGAGGGAUAUGGACCAUGUGCAGUUUUAGUUUAAUUUGGUAUCAUUUUCGUACUGACUUCAGGGCUGAAGGGCCUAUUCCUGUGCUAUACAUUUGUGUGUUCUGUGUUUCGUGUUCUAUGUUACCACCUGUCAUGGAUCCUCUCCCCUAAAUGUGACAGAUAACUCUUCUUCUCACUCUGCCAACUCUCUGAAAUAGAUAGAGAGAAGUUAGAAAUACCAAAUGUGUCAGGCAGCAUCUGUGUGUGUGUGUGUCAGGGCCGGGGAUGACCAGAAACAGAUAUAACUUGAAAUAUUCUCCCCUUCCUCUCCCCCUCCCCUCCCUGUCUCCCCCCCCCCCCACCUCUCUCUGACCUGAUGAGUGUUUGUAGCAUUUCACAAUUUCAUUUCGUAAUUUACAGCAUCUACAAUUUUUAAUUCUUUUUGAUUCUGGCACUUUAAGGUUCAAGUUCUAGUUGAACUGUCAUUCAACCAUACCCAAGUACAGCCAAACAAAACAGCUUUCCUCCGGGACCAAGGUGCAAAACGAGGUACCAACUGCAUAUAGCACACAACACAUAUAGCUACAACAGCAGAAAACCAUUCAGUCACAGAAAAAUAACAUAGGCUUAUUCCCUGAUUAGCAUGUCUCUUAGACUGAUGGUGAAUGGGAGGUUGCCCUGGUCCUGCUUGUUGUUCCACUGAGUGAACGUGAGCGUAGCAACCAACGCUGUAAGACGUACGUGCCCAUCCGUCUGCCUCCAUGUGCGUGCAUGCCCAAUUGCGUGUGUCUGUAUGGCACUACUAUAUGUGUAUGGGUAUUUAUUUCUUCUCACUGUCACUUCCUUUUCUCACUCAAGUUUUCUCUUUCAUACUGUUGUUCUCUUUCUCACUUUCUAUUUCUCUACAUCUCACUCUCAGUCUCUUAUUCUCCCUUUCUAUUUCUCUCUUUCACAUGCUCUCAUUCUCUCCACCUCUCGCUGCUGUGACCCUGUAAUUUCCUUUGGGAUCACUGUCUAUCACUGCCUCUGGAAUGCUCUCCGUAGCUCUCUAUCGCCCUCUAUUGUUCUGCAAAGCACUUUCUUCAGUCAUUCACACUCACUCACUCUUUCUUCUUCACUCCCCUCCCAUUCUUCUCCACUUCCCUUCCGCAUUGACAUUUAGCUUCCGAAAUAAACUUGCUUCUAGUUGGUUCAAAAGGAAACGGGUUUAAAAAUCAAAGAAGAAUGGGGGUGGGGGAGGUUCUCAUUGAAACCUAUCACGUAUUAAAGGGCCUAGACAGAAUGGACCUGGAGAGGAUAUUUUCUAUAGUGGGGGAGUCCAGGACCAGAGGGCACAGCCUCAGAAUAUAAGGAUGUCCCUUUAGAACAGAGAUGAGGAGGAUGGUGAAUCUGUGGAAUUCAUUGCCACGGAUGACUGUGGAGGCCAUGUCAUUGGGUAUAUUUAAAGCAAAGGUCGAUAGAUUCAUAAUUAGUAAGGGAGUCAAAGGUUACGGGUAGACGACUGGAGGACAGUAAACCAGCCAAAAUCAAAUGACAGUGCACACUUGAGGGGCCAAAUGGCCCAAUUCUUCUCCUAUUUCCUAUAGUCUUUGAAAUGGGUUUUUCUCUUUGGAGUGAAGGAGUAUAAGAGGUGUCAUGAUAGAGGAGUAUAAGAUGAUUAAAGGACUUUGAUAGAGUGGAUGGCUAGUGACUUUCUCCCCAGUGUUGAAAUGGCUAUUACAAGAAGGCCUAAUUUUAAGCUGUUUGUAGGAACGUACAGGGGGAAUGUCAGAGGUAGUUUUUUUACACAGAAAAUCGUGAGUCUGUGGACCCUUCUGCUGGGGGUGCUGGCAGAGGUAGAAACAUUAGGGGCAUUUAAGAGACUUGGAUGAAAGGAAAAUGGAAGGUUAUGUGACGGGGAAGGGUUUGAUUGAUCUUAGAGUAGGUUAAAGUGUCAGUACAACAUUGUGGACCGAAGGGCCUGUAUUGUGCUGUGCAGUUCUCUGUUCUAUGAACUGUGUGGAGAGUCAUCGGUGUUUAAGUUUCAGGGUGGGGAGAGAGUGUUGGGAAGUGCCUCCCCAUGCUAGACAGGGCGACAAGUCACUGAUAUUGCAGAAACCAAGACCCCUUGGAGUUAAAAUCUUAACAGGUCGGGAAUGUUUAAAUGCUGGAGGCCAAGGAGGAAAAUGGGAAUUUACACCGAGGCAGUUCCCCUUUGCCAUGGCUCCACAUCGGACUCGGGGAGAGAGCACUGCAGGAGUUAUCAGUGUGUGGAGACACUCGGAUUUGUGAACGGGACGCAUGGCCGCUGAAGCUGACCACCCACUCCCACGCAGCAGUCUUUUUCUGGCGAACCUCAGCUUCGACAUACGAAGGCAGAGUUGCACAGAGAAAGCCCGAAGAUUAUCAGAUUGUAUCUCCAAUGCUUUCAUCCACAUGCAAUCACAAGGCGACAAACACUGAGGACAAGCCGAGAUACAACACGGUAUCAAGUCCUUGCAGCCCAAGCAGUCCACCAGUGUGAACUAUUAACCUAUUAAUCUGCACGCCUUUUGAAUGUGUGGAGGAAACCGGAGCACCCGGAGGAAAUGCACGUGGUCACGGAGAGAACAUACACACUCCUUACAGACAAAGACGCACAAGCUUAAGUGAAGAAGAAUUUAAAGGAUCAGGUCUUUUUGCCACAUAAAUCAGUCCCCUGGCAGGGAACCCAAGUCUAGUUUCGCAAGGAAGCUUCUGCCUGACUUUGGAAGAUGACCAACUGUACCAUUGACCACGGGAUCCAUCAGAAGGUCUUCCCCACUGUUUACAUCUUGGUCUUCAUCAUCGGCUUACCCACUAACCUGCUGUCGCUGUACCACAGCUACCUGCAGAUCAAGAACAAGAACGAGCUAGGGAUCUAUCUCUGCAACCUAACCAUUUCGGACCUCCUGUACCUCACCUCCCUGCCCUUGUGGGUGCAGUACAUCCUGCAGCACGACGACUGGAUCUUUUCGCCAGAGCUGUGCAAGCUCAGCGGCCUGCUGCUCUACCAGAACAUCUACAUCAGCAUUGGCUUCCUCUGCUUCAUCUCUGUCAACCGCUUCCUGGCCGUCGCCUAUCCCAUGAACUUCAAGUCCAUGCACACUUUGAAAGCUGCACUCCUCAUCAGCGCCGUAAUCUGGAUCAAGGAGAUCGUAGUCUGCACCCUUUUCAUUGGCAGUAAGGUCCUCAGCAAGGAUGAUGAAAACGAUACCUUGUGCUUCGAGCACUACCCCCUGAGCCACAAGGACAUCAACUUAAAUUAUUACCGUCUCUCCAUUGGCUUCUUCCUCCCACUGGUCUUGUUAAUCUUCUCUUACUGCAAGGUGCUGUCGGUAGUACAUAAGAGUCACGGACUCCAACUGGAAAGGAAGCUCAGGAUUAAAAGGCUGGUGUCGGCAACCAUCAUCAUUUUCUUGGUCUGCUUUGCCCCCUAUCACAUUUUCCUGAUGGUGCGGACCUUCUUCGAGCGAAGCUGUGAAUUUGUUGUUAACAUUUUUGACGUCUAUCACUGUGGGCUUCUGCUGACCAGUUUAAACUGCGUGGCCGAUCCUAUCUUGUACUGUUUUGUCUCCCGCAGCUCCCAAGGCUGGCUGGCCAGGUUCCUGGACCCUUUAACAAGCCUCGUCCGCUGCCAAAGGAGGCAGAGAGUUCAGAUGCUGGAGAUGAACACUAAGUUGCCGAUCACAACCACGAGACUUUCAUUUAAGGACAAUGAAAAAGAGAUGGAGAAUGGUUACAAUAAUGGAGCAAAGAUCCAGCUUGAUACAUACUCCCAGUAAUAUUUCCAAGGACC